AUGCUCCUUGCGCUCGAGACGAUCGAGCACAUUGCGUCGUACAUACCGUCGUAUGCGACGCUCGCGGCGCUUCUCGACGUGCUGCCCGAGCGCACACCAGCAAUGCAGCACGUCCGCACGUGGGGCCAGGGCAUCCGCGGCACUCUAUCGCGCUGCACUUUUUCCGGACUGACCAUGUCCUUGGACGGCUACCACCUACGUUACUACAACACGGACGCGGCACCGAUCGUCGCUUACCUCGCGGCCGCCGCACCAUUUGUCCCGCGCGUCUCGGUGACAAUCAGCAAUCUCGCCGAGUGGCUGCGGUACGUCGAUGCGAUUUCGCAUCUCGUCACGUCGGUGGAGCUCGCGCCUAUGAUUGAUUUUAUCGAUGCUGCCCAGUCGCCGCCGAACGCAGGCGCAACGCUGCGUGACGCGCUCAUCGCAUGCCCCCGACUGCACGCGCUGCGCGUCACAUAUACCGACUGGGACGACUUUGACGGGGACUUCGCCAACAUUGACGCUGUCCUUGCGGGCAUGGCCUACCUUCCACGCCUUGUCAAUGUCGACAUUGAUGGCUGUGCUUUUGCAGUCUCCCAACUCGCGACGUCAAGUGUCAAUGGCCUCAUUGCCUGGCUGGCUCGCUGCCCGGCCAAGUCUCUUCGGCUCGUGCAUUGCAACCUUGCGAUGCACGACGAUGGUCGUGACGGUCUCGGUCCAGCGCUGGCAAGCGCGAUAUCGCAGUCAAGAACGCUUGAAGAACUUGAGAUCAAGAACGUUCCGUACAUCAACUCGUUUGGUUUGGAUGGGCAGCCGCUACCGUCCACUCUGCGUGUAUUUCGCUGGACCAAUUCGGACACGCCACGCGAUGAGUCGUCUGAGAGUCUCGCGCGCACCCUCUGUACCUCGCUUACGUCGGCAACCCGACUAGAAAGGCUUCGUUUGGCGGCCAACUCUGCGUUGUGCCCGGUGACAUUCAUCAAUCAGCUUGCAGCCGUGCUACCGUCCAUGACACACCUUACGUGCUUGCAGCUCAAAGGUAUCGGGAUCAGUGAUGCGACGCCACUCGUGGAGGUGCUGCCGUCUCUUCCAGCGUUGUCGACGCUACGCUUCAAGAUGGCACUGAUCGAGGAUCUUGGCGCCAUGGCUCUAUCUGCUGCCCUACCGCACUGUACGGCGCUGCGUGCGCUCGAGCUUCGCGGCGUGUACAACGAGUCGUCGGCGAUGGCUCUGCGCACAGCGGUCCAGUCCAUGCCGACGGACUGGCUCUACAGGCAAUUUUGA